UCGCUGCUUCCAAGCUUGUCUGCUCGACUUCAUUCGGUUUCAUUCGGUUAAUCAACGUGCGCGCCGAUCAGUCCACCAUGAGCCGUUGAGCGGUUCGUGUUUUUUCAGUGUUUUUAUUUCUUCCUUUUCUCUUUAAUAUCUCCUUUUUGCUCGUGGACUCAUCGCUGUUCCCUGUUAUACUCACUUGCGAAUCGAUCUCAAUCGUGGGCAUGUGUUGCGUGCAAUCUGUCUAAUUUUUCUGGAUAUACGUGAUAAACAGAACGUAUAGGCCGCAACUAGUUCAAACAAAUUGAAUGCGCAAAUUUGCUCGUGCAGAUUCUUGAUUCGAAAGUUGUCGUUUCUGCGUGAUCCGUUUCUAACGGUUGAGAUCGCAGUUGUCCUUGCAACUUAAUGCAUCUGAAUCGAAACGGAUCGGAUCAUUGGAAGUAAUGCUUCUCAUACAGAAGAAAAAAAACGAGGCACGUCUACAGUUUCACUUUUCAUUGACCAACAUUAUGAUUAUUCGAAAGGUAUACAGAGCAAGAUUACGUUAUGUUCUUUGUAAGUGAAAUCCUCGGUUCUUUUAUACGUUCUACUUUCUAUCAACGUUGUGCUAUUUAUUUUUUUGAUUGAAAAUAAUCCGUCAUGGUUUUGCGUUUUUUUAGGAAUUUAUCAGAUUUUGUCAUUUCUGAUACAUAUUUAAGUAUAAACAUCACAUAUUUAGAUAAUUUUAAAAAUAAAAUGCGUCGUAUAUUUCAUGUCUUUGUAGUUGUAUAAAUAUUCAGAAUUUUUAGUGAUUAAUUGAAUUAAAAUAUUGGAAAAUAUAAAAACUACCGAUAACUUUAAUUGAUAAUAAAUAGAUCUAAAAAUCGUAGAGAUAAUCCUUGCAUAUGCAGACUAGACUCAUAUCGGUGCCAAGAGGUUCCGAUGUGAAAAAAUAAUGUCAGAGGUCGCCGCUUAAAAGAGCACAUUGCGUCUCAUAGAAUUGAAUCGAAUGAUAAUAACUUGAUCGGCGCCUUUAUUUAAUUUUUUAUCAAUGCAAUUAAAUAACUAUUAAAUGACGCAAUAUUUCGUCAUAAAGAAUUUCCGUAACAUCGUUUAGAAAUAUGCUCAUAUGAUGAACUAGAUUUUUUUCAUGCUAUAGAAAUAUAAUAGUAAUGAUCAUUAUGCAAUGAUUUGCAGUUAUUGAAAGAACAUUAAAUUUCUAUCUUCGCUUUUUUUAACGUCCUAUAUGACUAGGAAGUCGUAAUACAAUACUCGCAUGGUGACCACAGUAAUGAUAACUGAGAAGAAUAUGACUAAUGUUUAAAUAGCCAUAUAGAGCGAGGAAAAGAAAAGGAUUACAAUCGAAACAUUUUUAAUUAUUAAAGAAUCAUCGACUUGUUACAAUAAUUAUGUUACUUAACAAUUGCUGCUCAUGAGAACAGAGAUAUCUUUUCGAUCAAAAUGUGAGAAACGAAUUUAAUUGGGACAAUGAGUUUCCACCAAUUAAAAAGCAAAAAAAAAAAAAGAUGCAACAUCUCGAAUCAAUAGAACGAUCCGUUCGUCGAUUUAUUCGAAGGCUAUGCUCCUUUUUUCAUCGAAUAUGAUUGCAAUCCAUACUUGAUACUUCUUUUUUUUUUUUUUUGGAAAUGUAUCGGUUAAAAUUAUUCGUGUUGUCCGAGAGAAAGUGCGUCCAAGCAAUUUCUAAUUAUCCGCAUCCGCUGGAAAAAUAGUAGCAAUUAUGGUUCGUUUUGUUGAAUGUAUGGUUAAUCAUAGAACGGUGCUUGAUUCUUCGGCUAAUGACUCGCGAAAGGUGUGUGUAAGAUCUUGCGUUUUUUUAUCUUGUUUCUUCUCUUUCGUUCUCUUCUCCGUUUCACGCGCUAAUGAUCUCACGUUCGGUUUCAUAUGAGAGUUAAAAAUACUUUACGAUGAAUUUUUUUGUGUUCUUUUCAAAUUAGAAACUUUUCUUGGUAACUGGUAUUAGCAAUGAAUAAUUGUGCUAAGAUACGAGAUUUAAAAAACAAAUCCACGAACAGGGAUGAGGAUUGAUCGAUUGUGAUUAGAUUGAAUUAACAACUUAACUAAUUGGUUAAUUCUACAAAUGAUGAUACAGACGAUGUUAAAACAUCACGUGUCUGUAGGAGAGUCUCACCUUGAACGUUAUGCAACAUCGUUAUUAACAUACUCAUAUCUAUGUUGACUGGGGUUGGUUCAUAGAAAAACUACGCUGCAUUCGUGUUUAAUAAAUUGGUUUAAACGGUGUCAGUGUCUAAUAAAUUAAAAAUUCUAUAGAAUUAUUUUUUCUCUUUGGUAAAGUUGAGAUAGUUCUUCUGCUUUCAAUUAUUUUGAUUAGAUGUCUUAAGAGAAGGUUCAUGGUGAAAAGAAUGAUAGAAUAGAAAUUUCAACAAAAAUUCUACUAAUAUCAAAGAAAAGUACUUUAGCAAUAAACGAAGAAAACAAGGAUAAUAAAAAAUGAGAUCCAACAGCAAAAAGUAAUAAUACAAAUAAUACUUUGAAAGGAAUAAACAAAGGAAAUACUAAGAACAGUUAAAAGUUUCGUUAUCUUCCCUAGUUCCUGUUGGUCCUGUUAACCAAACCCCUCGAACUUUGACGCUUGACUGAUUUUACAGUAUAUCAUGGAGAAUACUAUGUUGCGUUUAUAUACUAACGGUCAUCUAAUUGAAUUGUCUUAUACAGUAUAUAUACAGUUAGAAAAUGGCAUUUUAUUGUAAAACAUUGACGAAAAAUUGAUUGAAGAAAGGGAACGCGUUCAAUUGUGAAGCUAUGUGACGAAGGUUGCUUGUUUCCAUCAUCGAUCAUCGAGAACUCUUUCGCAGUUCGAAAUUGGUGGCGAAAGUUGUUGACAUUAUGCAGAGUAUGAGUACGCGCAUGAUUACGUUCUCGAAUGCGCCAACGUUCUUUCAUUAUUCAUGACGGGAACUUCUCAGUAAUUAUACAUUUUAAUGAUUUGUAAAUGGUUUCUUUAUUGCCUUGCAGUCCAGGAUCGGUACAUUGUUCUUCUGCAGAAAAUAUUCCGUUGUCUGUAAUUUUUUACAAAGCAAGAAAGUUGAACGAAGAGAUGUUCGUUACGGUGAACGGUUUAGAAAAGAUACUCUGCCCAUUGCUAAACUGGAUACUCGGUAAUGCGAUAUUUUGCAUGUACACGCACUUAUUCGAAGUGGAAUUCAGAAAAAGCCGGAUGAUUCGUAUAUGCUUCACGUUUUCGUGAAGAUACGCUAAAGAAAUCGGAUGCAAAACCUCUUUCUUGAAUUUAUAAUUUACUUUUGUAUCCUCCUCUUUUCCACGAAUAUCUACACCGACACGAAUGACGAAACAGUAAUAUACGGUACGUAUGGUAUAAAAUAAAAAUGAAUCUUCACGCAAUAACGCUUGUUGCAUAAGUAGAAUCGAGUUAAUAUUAGAUUUCGUUCAAAGUAAAUUAACGUAAUGUAUUUUAGGUAUGCGCCUACUCGUAGAGAGUUUGAACAGACUUUCAUCCUAAUAGAUCAGGCAGAUCACCGUUAACCGUACACUCUUGCCAAGAGAUAUUUAUUUGACGUAUCCGCGUAAAUAUCAUGCAUGUCAGGCUCGUGAAAGGGACGCUUAUCCCUAUCGUGCAUGAAACACGAUACACGAUACACAUGUUGCGCGUGCAAGCUGCGCGUGUCACGCUUGGCACUCUUUUGCUUCCGAUUCUUUUUGUUCUUCCGUCGGUCAGGAAGCGUCGUAAGGAUAUACUAUAUCAAGCACGAGCCAAGUUUCAAACGGAACACUGAGUAUAGAUGGUGGUGUAAGCUGUUCGUGCAACAGGUGUUUGUACGAACCGGCAAUUGAAAUGUACAGUCGAACAAGUAUACGUGUUCGCAUAAUUUGAUGUGUGAGAAGUUAUGCUGUGUGAGGAGUUAUAAGAUCCGAGUGAGCACGAUUGUAAAAGUGUGAGUUUCAAAGCUGUAAUUAUCGAGACUUCCUGCAAACUCUCCAUUGUCGAAUCGUUAGCAGAGAGAGAGAGAGAAAGAGAGAGAGUCAAGAUUAAACCCGAAUUCGAUCGCGUUGUUUCUUUCUCCAGUGAUUCGUUAUGCUGUUCGCUUUCGUGAUGAGCACAACGAUGGGAAAAAUCAUUGUGUCACCGAGAAUCGCGGGGCCCAGUUCUCAUGAAUUGCAAGACUCGACGUGUAGGACGAAUGCAUGCAAGCUGAACGCGAUUCGAGAGAACGACAAAGAAGGUGGUUGUGCGAGUUGGACGGAAAGGGAUCACGGUAUAGGUGAAGGAAGGUAGGGCAAGUCACGGAAAGGCAUACCAUUCCGGGUUUCAUUCCGACGGCAUGGUGUGUUCGCGUAGCAAACCGCGGCAACGUACAGCAAUACUCACGAUACUCACGGGCCAGGCAAACGGUUUCGUCCGACCUCUUUAUGGCUACGUGGGAGGAAUAGGAAGUCGUGCAUUAAAUCCGAACGUCCACUUUUCAACGCUUAAACGCUUCUCAAAUAGAAUGUAUAGGAUACCGGCGUGAACCGGCACGCUGUGCGCACAAAAGCAAGAUCGUGAUUGCGCUCAUUUUUCAGUUAACACACGAAGAAUUCUCCUUCUUUCUCGUUAACCUCUUUCUGCUCGAGUUACUUCGCAACAAAAUAGAUCAACCUCGGGAAGGAAUUCGAUCCAAUCCUUCGAAAUUUCAUCAGGCGGAUCAGCGUCGUUACGCGAUAAAGAAGUCGAGGCGUGGUUCCAACGAUCGAUAAUGAUGCACAUUGUGUUGAAUGCAAGACGCAUCGAACCCGCACAGACUCCUGUGCUCUUUAAGUAACGCGUCAAUGCACAUCCGAUUUAAUUGAUAUAUACAGUGGUCGCUAAGUGUAAAUAGUGUCAUGUGCGAGAUGAUGAAACGCGAAAGGAUUUAGCCUUCGUAUCCAAGGCUGACUUCUCGAACGGCGAACAAUCGUCUUUAAGCCGGUUUUACGCGGUUUACCAAUCCAAUGGGGGAACAAUGUGCCUGUUGAUAGCGGUAUUUAUAGCAUUAUGGUUCCUCUUCUCUUCGUUAUCGUUACUACCCAAAUUUUUUUCUUUUAUUUGAGUAAUAAAUUUCCGAGAGAGAAACGAGUCGACAACAAUCCUGGCAGCUAUUAAGGACGAAGUGUUUGCAUCGAUGCUCAUUACGUCGCAAAUUCAAGUGACGGGAAAUGUUUCUCCAAAUGAAACGUGCCGGUGAAUAGGAACAUAUUAAAAAGCCGACAAUAUGAGAAACUCAACGUUAUUGAAAUGGGCACAGAAUUCAGCGAAUAGUAAAAACCAAACGAGCAAAAAUGGAACGAAUAGGAACUGGAUACACCCACCAGAUGCACUCCAAAAAGGUCACAUCGCCUACUUAGUCAAGUAUUUGGGCAGCACAGAAGUGGAUCAACCCAAAGGUAUUGAAGUUGUUAAAGAAGCCAUUUGCAAAUUGAAAUUUAAUCAACAAUUAAGGAAAAGCGAAGGUACGAAGACUCCAAAGGUGGAACUCACUAUAAGCAUUGAUGGAGUUGCUAUUCAAGAACCUAAAACGAAAACUUCGUCAAAACGGAUUAUGCAUCAAUAUCCACUGCAUAGAAUAUCAUACUGUGCUGAUGAUAAGGGCGAAAAAAAAUUCUUCAGCUUUAUCGCGAAAGAAGAAGGUGCCGAGAGACAUACAUGUUUUGUCUUUGUUAGCGAUAAAUUAGCUGAAGAGAUCACGUUGACAAUUGGUCAAGCAUUUGAUUUAGCUUAUAGGCGAUUCUUAGAAACAUCUGGAAAAGAUUUAGAAACACAAAGGCGUUGCAUGAUAUUACAACAAAAAAUAAAACGACUGGAACAUGAAAAUAACGUAUAUCGUCAGCGGUUACAAGACAUAGCUGCUAUUAAAGGAUCGGCUGACGUGUCAGCAUAUUUGUCACAACACAAUCUUCCGGAUAUCCUGCACGUGCCUGGAGCUACAAAUGAAACAGUGCAAGUAAAUGGACUGGGAAAUAAAUCUUCUCUUGGUUUAAACAACGAUAGCAAUGGAAAUACUUCCAAUGGAUCUCAACAACCACCUCCAGUUCCUCCAAGAAGUUUUGAAAAAACAUUUGACGAUAAUUUUAUGGGAAAUGAACCUACUCCUACACCAUCAGUUGGUACCAAAUUGGAAGGACUUUUGAUGGAUGAAUUUGAGGAAGAUUUUAAUCCUAGAGCAUAUGAAAGUGCGAUCAAUGGCUUGGCGAAUCAUCAAACGAAUCAUAAUAAUCUUCUAAAUAGUCAAGUAUCUUCGAAUUCCAAUUUUUUCUCACAAAGCAAUGGUACUACAAGUCCUCCACCAUUAUUGGCUCCACCACCAAAAGCAAAGGAUUCAAGACGUCAAAAUGGAGUAAAAGAAGAUUUAUUUGGUAGCAUUCCUUUCAAUCCCACCCCAUCCGUAAACACAAAAAGUGAAUUCAAUGAUCCAUUUGAAAUGGGUGAAUUUGGAGCUACAACAACUAUUUCUAAUCCUAGCCAACAAGAAUUAGAAAAUGCGAUCGGUCUCUUAGAUAAAAAAUUACUCGAAAUGAAGGAUGGUUUUAGUAGGGGCUUAUCAAUUGAUACUGACGAUUUCUCGUUGGAAAGUUUGGAUCCACUGCGAAAUUGAAUUAAAUGUUUUUUUUUAAAGAAAAAGGCAAUUAUCAUUAUUAUAUGUACAUUGAAAAGUAUAAAAGUCAAAAAAAUGAAUAGGCAAAUUACAUAUAUUACAACAAAUUACAGAAAUAUACAUUUAUGCAAAACCAAAAUUAAAAUUAGUCAAUUAUUAUUAUUAUAAUUAUGCUAAUUGUAUAUUUAUCAUGAUAUUUGAUAUUUAUCAUAUGCCUAUUGAACGUUGAUAAUUUUGGUUUCAAUACCAGGAGACUUUCAAAUAUUAAAAACAUAAGAAAACAAAUGGUAUUGAUAUUUGUAUAAUGUACUUUUAUUAAUAUCAUUUGUUUUUUUUUUGUAAAAAUUUGAAUUAUUUUAAUAGCUUAAGAAUAUAAUAAUACGAGAAUUUCUUAUUGCAAUUUAUCGUAGAUCAAAUGACAAAUUUUCAUAUCAAAUGUUUUUCUUCUUUUCACAUUUAUAAAUGAAUGAAUCAACUAUUGUGCCUUUCAUUAGUAUUUAAUGGGCUAAACUGAAAUUUAUCUUUAAGCUUAUAAAUUUAGUUUUGUUGUUGAAGUUAUUAUUCGUAAUAUAAAUUUUAUUAUUAAAAAAUAAUCUAUUCUAUAAAAUAAAACAAAAAUUUAUAGAUAAAAUAUGUUCUGUAUAAAAUAUUUUAGCACUUUUUUCAAUUAUAUUCCUAUAUUCCUCUAUAAGAAUAUACAGAAUUUAGAAUCAUGUGAUAUUAUUAUCGUUUUUUAAUAUCGAUUAAAUAUGGCAUCACUUUGAAAAUAAAAUAUGAUUGCCUUUAUUAUUAUUAUAGUCUAAUUAAACAAAAAUUAAUACUAUAUUUUUAUGUAAACAUAAUCGAACAUUUAUAUGCAUUUUUUCUGAAUUAACAAAAGAAAAAAUGUUAAAACUAACUGGAAUAGUAGUAAAAAUUAUUAUUAGAUGAUUAUUAGAUGUAUAUCUAAUAUAUAAAUCUUUUUUAUAGAUUUUUCAACCCUCUUCUAUCUGUUUUCCCAUUUUCUAUUAUGUUCAUUUAUCAUCAUAAAUAAAUAAAGGAAAUAUAAAGGAAUGAAAAAUAUAAAGAAAGCGUGAAAUGAUGUGAAUGUCGUGAUAUAAAAAAUCUUAGAUAUAAAUUUUAUAGACUUAUACAUAUGUCAUACUUAUACAUACAUCAUGCAAUGUUCAAGAUUAUAAAAAUUAAUGUUUGUUACAAUAAGAGGAAGAUUAUUAAUUAUGUACAUAUGAAAUGCUGUUUUAUUAUUGUUGCUCUAUUGUUUAAGCAUUAUCAUUAAAAAUAUAAUGCAUAAAUAAUGUAGCUGACAAA